CUCCCUGUGCUCUGAUUGGUUCCCGCGGAGCCCGGAGAGGCUGCCUCUGACCGGGGAAGUGGAUCCACCAAUGUCGCAGGACCUGGAUCAGCUGUUAGCUGUCGGUCCUCCUUCACGUCCAGUCAGACGUCGGCCGUCAGCAGGAGCGCAGAACCUGCUGUGAAGACAGAGGUUCGGUCCGCAGCAGCUUCACGGACUUCCAGGCAGCAUGAACUCUCUCCCAGGAAGAGCAGCUCUGUCUCUGUGCAGACGCUCUGCGGCGGGCGGGAUGCGGGUGUUUGCGGGCUCCCCGGGGCUCCCAGCGGGGGGUCUGCCGGCCGACAGGGCCUCCUUCCAGGCCGCCAGGGUCCACCACUCCGAGUCGGGCCGCAGCGUCAGCACCAAGAAGAGGGGCUACGACAUCACCAGAAACCCCCACCUGAACAAGGGAAUGGCCUUCACCCUGGAGGAGCGCCUGCAGCUGGGCAUCCACGGCCUGCUGCCGCCCUGCUUCCUGAGCCAGGACGUUCAGGUGCUGCGUGUCAUGAAGAGCUACGAAACCCGAGUCAAUCCUCUGGACAAGUACAUCCUGCUGAUGACGCUGCAGGACAGAAACGAGAAGUUGUUCUACCGUUUGCUGACCUCCGACAUCGAGGAGUUCAUGCCCAUCGUGUACACUCCCACCGUGGGCCUGGCCUGUCAGCAGUACGGACUCGCCUUCAGGAGACCCCGAGGACUCUUCAUCACCAUCCAUGACCGAGGACACAUCUCCACCAUGCUCAACUCCUGGCCUGAAGAAGACAUAAAGGCCAUCGUGGUGACAGACGGGGAGCGUAUCCUCGGCCUGGGGGACCUGGGCAGCUAUGGGAUGGGCAUUCCUGUGGGGAAGCUGGCGCUCUACACGGCCUGUGGAGGGGUUCGACCACAGCAGUGUCUCCCGGUGCUGCUGGACGUCGGCACCGACAACCAGGCGCUGCUGGAUGACCCGCUGUACAUCGGACUGAAGCACAAGAGAAUCAGAGGCAAAGAGUACGACGAUCUGAUCGACGAGUUCAUGCAGGCGGUGACGGACAAGUACGGGAUGAACUGUCUGAUACAGUUUGAGGAUUUCGCCAACAGCAACGCCUUCCGCAUCCUCAACAAAUACAGGAACCGGUACUGUACCUUCAACGACGACAUCCAAGGCACGGCCUCUGUGGCGGUUGCAGGAAUCCUAGCUGCUCUGAAGAUCACCAAAAACAAACUGCUGGACCACACGUUUGUUUUCCAGGGAGCAGGCGAGGCUGCUCUGGGUAUUGCCCAGCUGCUUAUCAUGGCGAUGGCCAAAGAGGGACUGAGUAAAGAAGAAGCUGCCAGGAGGAUCUGGAUGGUCGACUCCAAAGGCCUCAUUGUGAAGGGAAGAAGCCACCUGAACCAUGAGAAGGAGGAGUUUGCUCAUGAACAUCCACAUCUGAAGACACUAGAGGAGGUGGUUCACACCAUCAAACCCACCGCCAUCAUAGGUGUUGCUGCGGUCGCCGGAGCGUUUACAGAGAAGAUCAUCAGAGACAUGGCGUCCUUCAACCAGAGGCCCAUCAUCUUCGCCCUGAGUAAUCCAACCAGCAAGGCCGAGUGCACGGCGGAGCAGUGCUACCAGCUCACAGAGGGCCGGGGCAUCUUUGCCAGCGGGAGUCCCUUUGACAAGGUGACGCUGUCUGACGGACGCACCUUCUACCCCGGCCAGGGUAACAACGCCUACGUCUUCCCUGGAGUGGCUCUGGGUGUUAUCGCCUGUGGAGUACGCCACAUAUCUGAUGACAUCUUCCUCACCACUGCAGAGGCGAUCGCUGACAUGGUGACAGAGGAACAUCUGGCUGAAGGAAGGCUUUAUCCUCCUCUCAGCACCAUCAGAGAGGUGUCCUUCAGGAUUGCAGUGAAGCUCAUCAACUAUGCAUACAAACACAACCUGGCUUCAGUUUAUCCUGAGCCCAAAGACAAGGAGGCGUUUGUUCUGUCUCACAUCUACAGUCCUGAUUACGACUCCUUCAGCCUGGACACCUACAGCUGGCCACAGGAGGCCAUGAACGUCCAGGACGUCUGAUCAGAGCCUCUCUACUCCUAAUACGCUGCCGUGGUGUCACUUCUGCUUUGCCUCUGUUCACAAAUUCACCUUUUAGUGGUUUUUUUUUAUGUCUGCUUCUUUCUUUUCUCUCUGUCGGUAAAUGUCGACCCUCUCCUCCAGAAGUGACACUUGGAGCAGAAUAAGAUCUGCAGUGUCCUCUAAAUGUCCACAUUUUAUUUUUCCCUCUUUUAGUGUUGUACUUUUUUGUUUUAAAGGAUUUCCUGAGCAAAACAUUUAAUAUCUGCACAAUAUCAUAUUUACCGUUUAGACGACACUCCUGACAGUAGAUUUUCUUGAGUUUCCAGCGAUUAAAUUGAAUUAAAAUCAUGUUUUUAACCCCAGAUUGGAGCUGAUGAAUGAAACAGUCCACAGUGUUUUCUCUCAUCCUGACUUAAGGAGCAGAGGAGCCCUUCUGAAGGCUAAAAACAAACUCUGUGCCUCUUUCUGUGUGACCUCAGGACGUUACUGCUCUGUAUGACCAGUUAGAACCUCUGGCUGUUCUAGAAAACAUCUGGAACCUCUGAGCAGCUCCUCCUAAUGUUUUCCACUCCUGUCAGCGUGUUUUAACGUGCACGCCGGACUGAAACACUCCAGGAUCGAACGUAUUUCUGGCUCUGCUUCGCUCUGAGAGUCGCUGGUUUUGGCGGCAGGCUGCUGUUUUCUGGAAUGUGUUCAACAGAAGCAGUGCUGGAGGUUUGGUUUUUACACUGUGGCGUGUUUUCCUUUUAGUUCUGUACAGAGCUCUGCCUGUUGUUGUGUUUUUUGCCAAAGUUACUGAUGAACUGUUUGUUUUACUCCUGGAGGCUGAGAGCUUUAGCACGAAGAGAAAUGCUCAAAGGGAACAUGAAACUUUAUAAAUAAACUGUUGACAAAA